UAUUCCGAGAAUAUUUUUUUGGGUUGAAAAAUGGGUUUUUCAGUUGGAGAUGAAUUACUGCAAAAUGAGAAUUGUAGUACAAAAUGGGUUUGAGUUGGUGUAAUCUGUUGGAGAUGCUCUUAUCCGUAUUGUGUGGUACACAGCAAUAAACUCCCCUCAUAUCUCUCACUACAAUUUUCGUCUCACAUUUUCACUCUCUCUAGCGAAUCCUUGUCUUUCUCCAUCUUCCAACAAGAAAAAUGGCAGCCAAGAUUAAGAUCGGAAUCAAUGGGUUUGGAAGAAUUGGGCGAUUGGUGGCUAGAGUUGCUCUUCAGAGGGACGAUGUUGAGCUUGUUGCUGUCAACGACCCCUUCAUCUCCGUUGACUACAUGACCUACAUGUUCAAGUAUGACAGUGUUCAUGGCCAGUGGAAGCACCAUGACCUCAAGGUUAAGGAUGAGAAAACCCUUCUCUUUGGUGAGAAGCCUGUCAGGGUUUUUGGUAUCAGAAACCCAGACGAGAUCCCUUGGGGUGAAACCGGUGCCGAUUUUGUGGUGGAGUCCACUGGAGUGUUCACUGACAAGGACAAGGCUGCUGCGCAUUUAAAGGGUGGUGCAAAGAAGGUCAUUAUUUCAGCACCAAGCAAGGAUGCACCUAUGUUUGUUGUUGGUGUCAAUGAGAAGACAUACACACCAGAUCUCAAUGUUGUUUCUAAUGCUAGCUGCACCACCAAUUGCCUUGCUCCUUUGGCAAAGGUAAUUCAUGAUAGGUUUGGUAUUGUCGAAGGUCUUAUGACAACAGUCCACUCUAUUACUGCCACUCAAAAGACUGUUGAUGGACCGUCUGCCAAGGACUGGAGGGGUGGAAGAGCUGCCUCAUUCAACAUUAUCCCUAGCAGCACUGGAGCUGCAAAGGCUGUUGGGAAAGUUCUUCCAGCACUGAAUGGAAAACUAACUGGAAUGGCCUUCCGUGUCCCGACCGUUGAUGUUUCUGUCGUUGAUCUUACUGUGAGAUUGGAGAAGGCAGCUACAUAUGACCAAAUCAAGGCAGCUAUCAAGGAGGAGUCUGAGGGAAAUCUGAAAGGAAUCUUAGGCUACACUGAAGAUGAUGUGGUGUCCACCGACUUUGUGGGUGACAGCAGGUCAAGUAUUUUUGAUGCCAAGGCAGGAAUUGCCUUGAAUGAGAAUUUUGUCAAGUUUGUUUCGUGGUAUGACAAUGAAUGGGGAUACAGCACACGCGUAGUUGAUUUGAUCAAACACAUUGCCUCCACUCAGUAAUUGUGAUAUCUCGAUGUAUGCAAUUAUAAUGCCGCCUCUGCAUGGUGGUUUUUUCAUAUUCUAGCUAGAAUAAAAUUGCGCCCUGUUGGUGUCAAUUUAUUAGUAAUCUGGCUUGGUUCCAGUGUUUGUCUCUUCGGUUUAAGUCACUCAUGGGAUGGAGACUACUCCCACGUUUUGAAGAAUGUUUUGCUGAACAUAUGUUUUAAUUUUCCGGUAAAUGUGUGUUGAUGUGUAAUAAUAGUACGGUUUUGUUCUUAUUUUGCUUGCUUGUCCCCUAGGGUGAAAUGCUUGAACAAAGUUGUUUGACCUGCUACUUGGUUGACAACUGAUCCAGUGUUGUUUCGAAUUGCAAGGGUAGUAAGCUUUAUCUUUAUUUUUAUUUUCUUGGUUUCUUUGUUUUUUGUUGAUAUGACCACUAAAGUUAGUAGGUCCUUGUUAACUGGUCCCAGUCAACUAUUUUCUUGUUUUUGUUAACUGGUCCCAGUCAAUUAUUUUCUGGUUUUUGUUAACUGGUCCUCGUCAAUAAAAUUUAAAGAGAUUACAAUUUGUAUUAAUAUA